CUUCAUGCCGUCGUCACGGUCGCAAGCCCCGCCCCCAGUCUCUAUGCUGUCCCCGCCUUCGCUUAGCUUCUCUGUGUCACGCCCCGCUGGUUGCCAUAGUAACAGCGGCUCACCUCCCCCCUCCCCCUCUCAUGCGGCGCUGCUGUCCGCUAAUAUUUGUAAACAGCCCCGGGGACCCCCCGCCCCAAAACGCCUCCCCCCACCCAGCGGAGCCACCCCCAUCCAAGAUGGCGGCGGGUGGGAGCGGCGGUCUGUCGUUCCCCGGGGUGGUGGGUAACAGCGCCCCCAGCAACCGCAGCGGAUCCUCGGCCUCCUCGUACAACUACAGCGGCGGGGCCUCGGCCUCCUCCCCCGGGAACCAGGCGGCGAUCUCCCCACCGGCGGCCCCUCCCCCGCCCUCGGCCGCCGCAGGCCUCCUCCACCGGGAGCCCGUGUACAACUGGCAGGCCACCAAAACCACCGUGCGGGAGCGCUUCACCUUCCUCUUCAACAACGAGGUGCUCAGCGACGUGCACUUCCUGGUGGGCAAAGGGCUGGGCAGCCAGCGGAUACCGGCACACAGGUAACAGCCUCCCCCCCCC